CGCUGCUCGUCCUUGUCAAACCUGCCUUGGGUGGCUGACAGGAGUAGUAACGGUGGAGAUACAAGAGCGUGGAUGAUGUCUGUCACAUGAAGUCACUGCUGGGCGGCUGGCGUUUUAAGCUGUACAGAAAAAUAGUGCCUUGGAAGUCCAGAUAUAACUUCUGUUAGCAUUCCUCCAUAGUUUAUGUCUGAGCUGCGCUGUAGAACAGAGUAGCGUGGACGGUAAUGUAGCGGGAGGAGCUAACAGCUAGCUUACAUUACUUAACCUAGUACCGGUUGGUUAAACAUCCGCUGAAGAUCCCGCAGACGACUCAAAGUUAAACAUCAAGAGUGGGAUAGCCGUAAGAACCAUUCGAGCUGGUGUGAGCUUCGAGCUCUCACCUUUCUGUGGUACUUGCACCCCCACCCUCCUCGUGAGCUGAAUGCAUGAGUGGUGAAUCCGCGGGGAUGGGAAGUGGAGUCCAGAAACAGCUGUCCCCGCUGACGAAAGGAGAGGUGCUGCCUAUCACUUCCUCCAGCCAGUCGGAAGCAAGCUAUGAGGACAUCAAGGCGCAGUCGAUCAGUCCUCAACUCGCUUUUCUCUGGGGCUUUAGCCGGAGCCGUGGCCAAGACCGCCGUGGCCCCGUUGGACAGAACGAAAAUCAUCUUCCAAGUGUCCUCAGCAAGAUUCUCUGCCAAGGAAGCUUAUAAGCUGAUCUACCGCACCUACCUGAAGGAUGGCUUCCUCAGUUUGUGGAGGGGGAACUCCGCUACGAUGGUGCGAGUCAUCCCGUACGCUGCUAUCCAGUUCUGUGCACAUGAGCAGUACAAAAGGCUGCUGGGGGGAUAUUAUGGCUUCCAGGGGAAGGCCCUCCCUCCAAUCCCCAGGUUGGUGGCUGGGUCUCUGGCUGGGAUCACAGCAGCCAUGCUGACCUAUCCUCUGGACAUGGUGAGGGCCAGAAUGGCUGUCACUCCCAAGGAAAUGUACAGCAACAUUUUACAUAUUUUUGUGCGAAUCUCUCGAGAAGAGGGCUUGAAGACGUUAUAUCGAGGUUUCACUCCAACUAUCCUUGGUGUCGUACCCUAUGCUGGUCUCAGCUUCUUUACUUAUGAAACGCUAAAAAAGUUGCAUGCAGAGCAAAGCGGACGCUUGCAGCCUUACUCCUACGAGCGUCUGGCUUUUGGAGCCUGCGCCGGCCUGAUCGGCCAGUCGGCGUCCUACCCUCUGGAUGUGGUGAGGCGGCGUAUGCAGACCGCAGGGGUCACAGGUCACACGUACGGCACCAUCCUGGGCACCAUGAAGGAAAUCGUGUCCGAGGAGGGGGUUGUCCGAGGCCUGUACAAAGGUCUCAGCAUGAACUGGGUCAAAGGACCUGUAGCAGUGGGGAUCAGCUUUACUACCUUUGACCUUACACAGAUCCUCCUGAGGAAGCUGUAUCAAAAGGGAUAAACCCAGUAGCACCAGAGACCCAGAAAGGAUGCCGCUGAGAGCGGAGUGACCUGAUCCCAUGAGCUGCUGGACGUGAAACAGAACAGAAAACUGAGAGAAUGUUUAUUAGUGGAAAGAAACAAACGCACAAAGACUAACAACGGGCUCCUUAGGUUGAAACGUGAGGUGAAUGUACCUACUACAACCAGUUGUCAAGUGCAAUAUGGUCACUUUACUGCGUGCUUAUAAAUUGUAAUGCUCCAGGCCUGUGGAGAGGAUUUCUGUGAAAGUUUAGAGGUACGGACAUGGAGGUCUCACAUUGGGUUUAAGCUGUUAAACCAAAGGUAAUAAUCUGAGUUUGUUGCAGAUUAUAUGUUGGCAUGUUUAAAAAAAGAGUUGAGUUUUUUUUCCCCCACCACUGCAUAGCAUUAACCACAGCAAUUUGAUCAAAAGUUCAAGGUCAUGUGUUUUCAACUUCACCCACAGGUAAUUAAAUAACACACAAGCUGUUUUAUGCCAGUGCCAAGACAGUUGAGUAUUAAGUGUCCAUAUUAUUUAUGUUGAUUUCAGUGUAAACAUGUUAGCUUUUUAAAAAGAAAAGUGCAUCAGUGCAAAUUUCGUUCCCCUUGACAUGUGGUUGUCGAGGAAUAAAUCAUUCUGAUCUUUUAAUCAAACACUUCCUGAUGUAAUCCAGUAAAACGCCCCCUAGUGAAUAUCACUGUUGUUAGGUUUACAGUCCUGUUGCUGCUGGUGCUAUAGCAAUGUGCUAAUUUGUUUUUAACUAGUGUUGAGGAUUGAAGAUGUGCAAGACUGAGGCAUUUUAAUGACCCUCCUUAUCUGUAUACAGGUGAUGUCUUCCGUUUGCUGUCAGUACUGAUGGCUUCUUGGUGUGUUUCUAUACAUACCUUUAGAAGAGAAAAGAUGAUGGCUGUGGCUGUGAAAGGUCACUGAAACAACUUUGAAAUCUCCGUUUUGGGGAGGAUUAUGGGUGUAGAGCUGUAGCAGCAGGUACCGACUGAAUAAGUUGACUGGAAAUAUGCAAACACCUACCUAAUAUGUGAUUUUGAAAUGUUUUGUUGUACUUUUUUUUGUUGUGUUCUCAGUGUUGUCUUUAUCUAAUUAUAACACCUUGUGAGUUGGUGUCAAGCAAACGACUCUUUCUAUAGCCAAAUUGCUCAUUUUGCUUUCGGUUCAGCAGCUUAACAAAGCUUGACAUUAUUGAUGCAAGCUGACUGUCGCUGAAGAGUGCCAGUGGUUUCUAUACUUAGAACUGACAUACCAAGGCAGGAUGGUUGAGCUGCUAAUGCACAGCCAAGUGGAGCAGAGUGCAGGUCCAGGCAGACUGGAGAGCAGAUAUGCAAGAUAUGAUUUGUAUUUUAUGCCCUUAUGGAGCUGAACAACAUCAUUUAAUGUUUGUUUGACGCAUUUUCUUUCUGUGUCCUCCAGAAUUUUUUGCAGCCCUCAUAAAGAUGUGUAAAAAAGCGUUUGGACAAAUUAGUUUUUUCUUUAUUGCAUGUGAAAAUGAAACAACUGAGCACAUUUAUUCAUGCGGUGGGGGGGAGAAUCCCAGUUAAAUCCCCUUAGGGUAAAUAUACUCUGAUGCAAUCCAAUGGGAUUUUUAUAUUUUUUGCCAAAAAUCUUGGUCCCAGCUGACCAAAGCACAAGGUUUCAGUAAAAUUCUAAGUGGGAUGCUUUUGAGCUCAUCUCCUACGAGCUACUGGGAACCAGUUACUGCCAGUUGCAUUCGUAUCAAUUUCCGAUCCAACUCUGUAGUGGCAAACUUUGAUCAGCUUUGUGUCUGUAACCAUGGUGACGUCUGAGCCAGUGUAUGAGGCUUAAAUAACACGGUAACUACAGCCUGAAUGAAGGCUAAUUUCUAACACUCAAGUGCCUAGCAGCAAUAGCUUCGUUUUUAAUAUAACAGCUGAUUCUGCUAACCUAUGUCGAGAUUUUGAACUGUCGAGUGUUUAAGAAACAGCAGCUGUUUGAAAGGCGUUUUAAUAUCAAUGACUGAAUGUAUUAACUAGUGUACAGGUCCAGAUUUACUAUGUGAAUUUUGUAAGACUAACUGCCUUGCAGAGUAUUUUUGUCUGAGGUUUUAUUGUUCUUAUAUAAGAUUCCCAGUUCAUUCCAACACUUUUUGGGCUGAUAUUUAAGGACAGCUUCAUUUUAAAAUGAGCUUUAAAAAUGACAUUUAGUGUCUGCUUCUCUACAAAGAGAACAGAAAGACAAUCAGAAAAAUGCCAAAAAAGUUGGAGGUUUUGCUUGUUAAUCGGAUAAAAUUGGACGACAACAGCUUUAAAAGAAAUAAAGUAACUUUAAUUUCAAUAAGAAGGCUGCAGUUGUAUUCUGCGGCAGAUGAUAUUGUGGAGUUUACUUUGGUUGCAGCUGUUUUUGUAACUCCAUGAUUUGUGCCAAUUGAAUGUAACAUAGCUACUAAAUAGCAUCAUCAUUUGUCCAGUCUAUAGUGAUGACUGGUGUAUAUGUGGGAGUAUGUUCAAAUAUCAGAUUCUUCAAAUAAAACUGGAUGUUCAAGGUGCA